GUUGCAACCGAAUCAGCUGUUACCAUGCGGUCGCCUGACAAAAAGAAACUCUAAAUGCGUUUACUCGGAUUUUUGAAUAAAUUAAACCACAACUUAGCUAAAAGCACUGCCCGAGAGCUGCCCAGACGCAGCAUGGCCUGCAGCAGAUAUGAGUAUGUGAAAACAUACGAGCAGGACGACACCAUUCUGCCCAAUGUGUGGAUUGUUAUUCGAAUUGAUGGCAAGAAAUUUCACAAGUUCUCCAAGACCCACAACUUUGAGAAGCCCAACGACGAGAAUGCUCUCAAUGUAAUGAAUGCGGCUGCCACGGCUGUGAUGCAGGAGUUCCGCGAUGUUGUCCUCGCCUACGGCCAGAGCGAUGAAUACUCGUUUGUGUUUCGCAAGGAGACGGCGGCAUUCAAGCGGCGCUCAGCGAAGCUACUGACCUACGUCACCAGUCUGUUCUCCACGAGCUAUGUGAUGCAGUGGCCCAAAUGGAUGAACCAGCCCCUGGCCUAUGCCCCGUGCUUUGAUGGGCGCGUGGUGCUAUAUCCAUCGGAUGAGAACCUAAGGGAUUAUCUGAGCUGGCGGCAGGCCGAUGUCCAUGUGAAUAAUCUGUACAAUACCGCAUUCUGGAAGCUGGUGCUGGAGUCGGGACUGAGCAACCAAAAGGCCGAGGAACGGCUACGCGGCACCUUCUCGGCGGAUAAAAACGAAUUGCUAUUCCAGGAGUUUGGCAUCAAUUACAACAAUCUGCCAGCCAUGUACCGGAAGGGCACGAUACUGCUGCGGAAGCGUGUAAUCAGCGAUGGCGGAGAUAACGAUGAAAAGGGCAGACAGGCCAUUGUACCGCUGCACGAAGAUCUAAUUUCAUCGCACUUCUGGAAGGUGCACACAGAGAUCUUGGGAAAGUAUGUGCCCGGCACCUAUAGGGCGCCGGAAACCAUGCCCAGACUAGUGGACUUGCAAUUGAACGCCAAGCAGGAGCAGCGAGGAGUGGAGGAGGAACAAAAGCAACCAGACAAUCUGGCCGGGAUUAGCUGAUAGUUCAACUUAUGGCAAUAUAUUUUAAGAUUAAGGUUACAUUAAGCACACGCUACAAAAAAAAAAAACAAACUGUCUACUAGUAGUCAUC